AUGGCAGAGUGUGUCAGGGAAGUGGGCGCAUCCAUGACGAUAGCGUUGGGGCUCAUAGAGCCGAUCAAGCAAUCUGGCACAACACGAAUUAGAUGGGAAUGUAGGUGUGGUGAAACAUUUUUUGACGACGUCCGUGAGAUCCGCGAGGGUGGCAUAGCAAUGCUUGUCGAAGAGAUGCGUCGCACAGGCAUCAAAGUAGCUGCAACUUCGCGGAGUCAAGGCCCUACGAAAACAACCUUCAAUUUCACAACCCCAAGUUUUGCAAGAAAUAUGGCUCAAAAGAUCUCAGCAGCGUUCCGUAAAAGCCCUGCUUCUCAGAGCUUGCCUUUUUCUACACCGCAAGUAGGCGUUUCUACAGCAUCGAGUCCUCCUUCACAACAGACUCUCCAGAUGAUGACGUGUACAAAGACCGGGCAGUAUGGUUAUCACCUUGACCAGGACGAGAUCCAUGAUGUUAGUACGGACCAGGAACUCUUCGAAUUUAUAAAGAAGCAACUAUCUCGACGCCGUGGUCACCUUCUCAACUUCUUCUCUUGGACAUGCCUCCAGGAGGUCUACUUUCGCAAAACAUGGGUACUCGCACAACUGCCCAAGCGAAACUGCGGGGAGCUGCAAGCCAAAGUCAACGAACGCACCGAGGGAUGGGGUCUCGUUCUCAAAGAAGGCCCAAACAUUCGCAUGGUCACCGGUAUUGUCUUUUCUAUUGUGAUCAUCAGUGUACCUUUCGUUGUUCUUUGGUCUUGUCUAAAACACAGCAUACAAGACGGGUUUAGUGUAGGUCAGUACAUGAUCGCAGCUGCAUUGGCAUUACCCGCUGUACUUGUCUUGAAUCAUGUACAGGGUGGUGCGUGA